UAAGAGCACCGCAUUCCUUUGGCACAGGAUGAAGACCAGCUCAGCUCUUGGGCCGUUUGUCUAUUGUUCUCCAAACAGUAAACCACUAUUUCCACACCGAGAGACCGCGGGGGGCAGUUCUGUCCAAGCCCUGGGCUCCUCCUGAAUAUGAACUGAAGGGUGACCCAGAAAAGGGUUCUGAGCAGGGUAAAAUGGGGUCUCGGAAAUGUGGAGGCUGCCUGAGUUGUCUGCUGAUUCCGCUUGCACUUUGGAGUAUAAUUGUGAACAUACUAUUGUAUUUCCCGAAUGGGCAAACUUCCUAUGCAUCCAGCAAUAAACUCACCAACUACGUGUGGUAUUUUGAAGGAAUCUGUUUCUCAGGUAUCAUGAUGCUCAUAGUAGCUGCAGUUCUUCUUGUCCUGGAGAGCGAUAACAACUAUAAAUGUUGCCAGAGUGAAAACUGCAGCAAAAAGUACAUGGCACUGCUGUCGAUGAUCUUUUCUGCCCUUGGAAUUGCUUUCUCUGGAUACUGCCUGGGCAUAUCUGCUUUGGGCCUUCUUCAGGGCCCUUACUGCCGCACUCUCGAGGGCUGGGGGUAUGCCUUUGAAGGCACCGCAGGACGUUUCCUUACAGAUUCCAGCAUAUGGAUCCAGUGCCUGGAACCUGCACAUAUAGUGGAGUGGAACAUCAUUUUAUUUUCCAUUCUCAUAGCUCUCAGUGGGCUUCAGGUGAUUGUCUGCCUCAUCAGAGUAGUCAUGCAGUUAUCCAGGAUGCUGUGUGGAACCUAUUCAGUCAUCAUACAGCCUGGAAUCAUUUGAUUAAGGACAGGAAUAUUUUUCUUUAUCAAGAUAUGGCCAUCUGCCUAUGUCUACUGUAUAGACUUGAAGACAAUAUUCAAAUGAGGAUAUUUUCUCCAGCUGUUUAUUGUCCUCACUGGAAAUGCCAAUUAUGUGACCCUUCCGUUUAGAAUUUUUUCCUAAGCUAUAUGUGUCAAGAUCUUCAGAAAUGUUCAUACCUUCUGAUCAAACAAAUUCAAUUUCAAUCAUCUAAACUAUGAAAAUAAAUAAGAAUACAAACUAUAACUUUAUGCAAAUACACAUAUUUGAACAUUAUUUAAUAUUCUGGAAAAUUAUAAAUACCCCAAAACUCUAACUUUUAGGCAAAAGAUUAAAUAAAGUGUGGUACAUUAGUUAUAAUAUUGUGCAGGCAUUACAAAUGAUAUUUUAAAGAUUAUGACUAUUGCUAUAUGAAAAAGCAGAUUACAAAUUUAUGUUUACAAUAUAAGCAUAAUUAUCUAAAACAAAAACAAACCAACAAACAAAACCAAAUAAUCAAAAUAUAGACCUGGAGAUCAUCAUUCUAAGUGAAGUAAGCCAGAAAGAGAAAGAAAAAUGUCAUUUGAUAUCGCU